AUGGGCCCCAUCCUGGAUCCAGUGCUUCUACGCGUCCUCAAGCUCCUGCUGCCCUUGGGUGCCUGUGGCUGGGGUCUUGCGGUCGCCUUCCCCAACUGGUCCAACUCCGAUGACGUGGUACACCUCUACACCUCUAGCCAGAAAAAGGGCUUGCACCUGCAGAUCCAUCCUGAUGGGCGAGUGGACGGCAGUUCAUCCCAGACCGCGGAGAGCGCUUUGAUAAUCAAAGCCGUAAGCGCAGGCCUUGUAUGUAUCAUUGGUGCGAAGAGCAGACUCAACCUUUGUAUGGACAGUAAAGGAAAUCUCUUUGGAUCGUCUUCCUUCAGAGAAGAGGAUUGCGUCUUUAAACACACGCUGCUCAAAAACGCCUUCGACGUUUACGAGUCCCCCACGCACCGUUUCCUGGUCAGCCUAGGAAGGGUUAAGAAACCCUUGCUUCCCAAUAGGAACCUACCGUAUUUUUCUCAGUUUUUAACCAGAAGGAAUGAAAUCCCCUUAAGCGAGCUCAGUGCAACAAGGCCUCGGGAGGAAGAGACCUUUGACGGUUAUUUCGAGCCCUGUGUGCCCACCUCGUUUGGAGAGGUCCUUACUGACCUGAAUGACAAAUGUGAAUUAUGA